AUGGCUGACGACGAACGUGAACAGAUUGGAAGAAAUGGUGUCGACCCCCCGGGAGUGAAUAAUCAUCGGCAGUUAAUUAAUCAGCCGACCAACCCGGCGCCGGCAACGGUCCAUCAUCAGCAGCAGCAGCAGCAUCCAAUCUACGUCCCCGUCGUGUCAACACACCAGCAGCAGCCGUUCAUUCCCGUUUCUACCGCCCAGCAGCAUCAACAGUAUGUACCCUUCCCACCCCACCAACCGCAACCGCAAGCCCCCCACUCCGGUAAUGAAGCUCUGCUCAUUCAAAUCGUGCAAAUGAUGCAGCAGCAGUUGUCGCAGCAUAACGAGUUGAUGGCCCAGCUCGUCCAGCGGCAAAAUCAUACCGACGACCAGCAGCAACAGCUCCUUCGUGGCAUGACGUCACCAAUCAAUGUGCAGGUACCACCCAACCCGGAACAAAUCCUUGAUUCCCUGGCGAGCAACAUUAAGGAAUUCCGGUACGAGGCCGAAAGCAACGUCACUUUCGCGGCGUGGUACUCGAGAUAUGACGACCUCUUCGAGAAGGAUGCUGCUAGACGCGACGACGAAGCAAAAGUACGCCUACUAGGGGUCAACAAAGCUUGCGUCGAGUUCGAGCUAGGCAAGCUCAGCGAAGAGCAAUUCAAGUGCUUGAUCUAUGUGUGCGGCCUGAAGUCGGAGAAUGACGUCGAGAUUCGAACGCGCCUCCUCACCAAGAUUGAGGACAACAACGACGUCACACUAGAGCAACUCUCCGAGGAGUGUCAGCGGCUUUUUAACCUGAAGCAUGACAGCGCGAUGAUCGAAUCGGCGACUCCUUACGGCCAAGUCCAAGCAGUGCGCAAGUUUGGUGGGAAGCGGUUCAACAAGCGUGACCGAGAAGUGAAGCGUUCUUCCAGCGACACCGGGAAGAAGCCAAAUACUCCGUGCUGGCUUUGUGGUGCGCUCCAUUACGUCCGGGACUGCAGUUAUAGGAAUCACAAGUGCUCCGAUUGUGGCCAAUUCGGACAUCGUGAGGGAUACUGCGAGAGUGCCAAGCCCCGGAAACCAGGACACCGACGCUUCAGGAAACCCGACGUGUCGAGCAAGGUGGUCGUCGUCGACGUGUGCAGCGUGCAGCAGCGACGCCGUUUCGUCUCCGUUGGCCUUUCAGGAACGGACAUUCGGCUGCAACUCGACACCGCCUCCGACAUCACCGUCAUCAACCGAGAAACAUGGCGGAAACUCGGCAGCCCGGCUCUAACGCCGGCCACAGUGAACCCGAGGACAGCCUCCGGCAACAUCCUAUCCCUCGAUGGAGAAUUCGAGUGCGACGUCACCAUCGGAGAAAGCACGCGGCGCGAAGUGAUCCGCGUCACCGAGAAACAAAUUCUUCUGCUCGGUUCCAAUCUGGUGGACAGUUUCAACCUCUGGUCCGUUCCCAUGGACACCUUCUGUUGUCACGUGUCAGGCUCUCCCACGUCUACCGCUGCACUCAAGUCGACCUUUCCCAAGGUUUUCAGCGACCAGCUCGGCUUGUGCAGUAAAACCAAAGUGAAGUUGGAGCUGAAAGAAAGCGUCCGACCCGUCUUCUGCCCGAAGCGUCCGGUGGCGUACGCAAUGUACGAUGCCGUCGACCAGAAGCUCGACCGACGGGAGAAACUCGACAUCAUCACUCCGGUCGACUAUUCCGAGUGGGCAGCUCCCAUCGUCGUAGUCCGCAAAGCCAACGGGUCGAUCCGAAUUUGCGGAGACUACUCCACGGGUUUGAACGCCGCUCUCCAACCAAACCAAUACCCGCUUCCACUUCCGGACGAUAUCUUCGCCAAGCUUUCCGGCUGCACGGUCUUCAGCCAAAUCGAUUUGUCCGACGCCUUCUUGCAAGUGGAAGUCGACGAACAGCACCGCAAGUUGCUCACGAUCAACACGCACCGUGGCCUCUACUCCUACAACCGCCUCCCGCCGGGUGUGAAAGUUGCACCUGGUGCCUUCCAGCAGCUCAUCGACACCAUGCUAGCCGGCCUGGAGUGUACUUCCGGCUAUCUCGAUGACGUCAUUAUCGGCGGUAAGACAGAGGAAGAGCACGAUCGCAACCUGCGGGCCGCCUUGAAGCGAAUCCAAGAGUUCGGCUUCACCAUUCGAGAGGACAAGUGCACGUUUCGGAAGCAGCAAGUGCAGUACGUCGGGCAUGUCGUGGACAGUCGCGGGCUCCGUCCGGAUCCAGCUAAAAUCGAGGCGAUCACCAAGCUUCCGCCUCCCACCGACGUUUCCGGAGUACGGUCCUUCCUGGGGGCCAUCAACUAUUACGGCAAGCUCGUCCCCAACAUGCGCAAGCUACGAUACCCGCUCGACAAUCUCCUCAAGGCAGACGCGAAGUUCAAGUGGACUCCGGAGUGCCAGCAAGAGUUCGAGCAGUUCAAGCGAAUCCUCUCCUCGGAUCUUCUCCUCACGCACUACGAUCCGAAGCGGGAGAUCAUCGUUUCCGCCGACGCUUCUUCCGUUGAACUAGGGGCAACGAUCAGCCACAAGUUCCCCGACGGCACCGUCAAGGUCGUCCAACACGCAUCCCGAGCACUCACGAAAGCAGAGCAAGGCUACAGUCAGCCCGACCGUGAAGGUUUGGCCAUCGUCUUCGCCGUUACGAACCUCUGCUCCGGAUCUUCGGGUCCAAGAAAGGUAUACCAGUCUACACUGCCAACCGCCUUCAACGCUUCGCCCUCCAUCUGCUGCUGUACGACUUCGACAUCGAAUACGUUCGGCAACGCGGACCUGCUUUCCCGGUUGAUCAACCAGCACGCGAAGCCCGACGAGGAUUACGUUAUCGCUAGCGUCAACCUGGAAGAGGAUCUCAGGUCAGUUAUUUCUAGUUCCCGCAAAAUGUUGCCUCUCCAUUUCAGAGCCGUCGCGCAAAGCACCCAAGCAGACCCGCUGCUUCGCCAAGUCUACCACCACGUCCAAAACGGUUGGCCCCAGUCCAAACUGGCCGGGCCCGAUCUGCAACGGUUCCAAUCCAGGCAGGAAUCGCUCUCCGUGGUGUCUCAUGUUUGCGGAACGGCUCGUCAUCCGUCGCUGCAUCGUAAGCGCUGCUUGGAACAGUUCCAUCGCGGCCAUCCCGGAAUGCAGCGAAUGAAGGCCCUCGCUCGAAGCUACGCCUACUGGCCCAGCAUGGACACCGACAUCACCGACUUCGUCCGAGCAUGCCAGCAGUGUGCGUCCGUAGCAAGAUCACCUCCCCACUCUCCGCCGAUGCCGUGGCCCAAAGCGACCGCUCCGUGGCAACGCGUCCACGUCGACUACGCCGGUCCGAUCGAAGGCGAGUACUACCUCCUCGCAGUCGACUCGUUCUCCAAAUGGCCAGAGAUCGUCCAGACAACCCGUAUCACCUCAGCGGUGACAGUUUCCAUUCUUCGUGGGUUGUUCGCUCGGCUGGGUAUGCCCGCUACGUUGGUCAGCGACAACGGUACCCAAUUCACCAGCGCUGAAUUCGCCGAGUUCUGCACCUCCAACGGCAUCGAACAUCUCACGACGGCCCCGUUCCAUCCGCAAUCGAACGGCCAGGCGGAACGUUUCGUGGACACUUUCAAGCGGGCCGUGAAGAAAAUUCGAGAGGGGAGAGGAUCGAUGCAAGAGGCACUGGAUAUUUUCCUCCUGACGUACCGAAGCACGCCCAACCGGGCUCUUCCAGACCAGAAGUCGCCAUCCGAGGUCAUGUUCGGGCGCAAAAUCCGCACGUGCCUCGAGCUUCUGCGUCCUCCGCCGGUACGGACACCGGUGCCCACAUCGAACAACAGCAAGCAACCGAGAUCCUUCCACCGAGACGACCCCGUUUACGCCAAACUCCACAUUCGUAACGGUUGGAAGUGGGUUCCCGGUAAAAUCAUCGAGAAGAUUGGAGACGUGAUGUACAACGUGUGGGUCGAGAACCGCCGAAUGUUGCGCUCGCACAUCAACCAGCUCCGGAGUCGUAUGGCCACUGACACGACGCCGAAGCAAUCCGCUGGUCAGGUCACCUCUCGCCACCUCUCGACAUCCUGUUGGGUGCCUGGAACUUGCCAAGCCAUUCGCCAAGCACACCGACGUCAGCCACACCUUCGAUCGCGCCAAGAUCUGUGUCUGUCUCCAGUCCCGAGCCUACCCUGAUAGGUUCCGAGCCGGCUUGUGCCUCGUCUACGCCACGGCACGAGCUCCCGGCAGUCCCGUCAACGUCAUUGUCAUCGCCAACAUCAACAUCGACCGAUUUCGAGUCCGCUAUUGAAGUGGAACCGAUGGUAGAGCUACCUAGGCGUUCUUCGCGUACCAGAAGGCCGCCAGUCAGGUUCGACCCCUACCAACUCUAUUAAGAGGGGAGAUGUUGUGGACAACCCGAUUGCGGUGUACCGCGCCGCUGAGCUCGCACAAGACAGAGAACUACUGUCGUGCGCGAUGCAAUGGAAGCGCAUCAAUGUAUUUUAAUUUGGUUGUCGUUUGUGCUCUAUGUCUGUGUAUUGUUGUUCAUUCAGUUAGUUUGUUUACGUCUCGCGAAUAAAUAUGUUGUACCCCUUUUAACGUGUCGCGAAUAAAGCUGUUUUAAUUAGUUAAAUCGUGCGCGUUAUCAUUCCCUGAUGUAGGGACACCGGUCCGAACACCGUCCGGUUACCGCGGUACAAAAGAUUCCUUCUGAAAAUCCUCCUUGGAACUCUCAGUAUUUUAUCAAAGGACUUCCUCAAGAAUUGUACCAAUACCUGCGUUGCGAUUUCUGUUGAUUCUUUUUUCGAGAUAUCUUCAGAACGUCCUCUAUGGAUUUUUUUUCAGGAACCCCUCCAAUGGUUUCUCAAGCAAUUUUUCUUGGAAUUGCUUGCAGAGUUCCUCCAUAAGCCUAUACUGAUUUUUUCAGAGAUUAUAAGGGGUAUCUUAAGGUAUUUUAUCAGGUAUUUCCCUAGGUAUUAUCCUAGAUAUUAUCCAUGGCAUUCGACAAGCAAUUGCUCACAAGAUAACAGAAACUACUUCAGGAAUUUUUGUCCAGGAAUUCCUUCGAAAAAAAUCUAGAUUUACAUUCAGGAGUUUCCGUAGGUAUUUCCAGGAAUUUCUUAAGAAAUUUCUUGAGGCAAACCGCCAGGAAUUUCGGGAAAUUCUUCACGGGUUCCUUAAAGACUUGGUUGUUAGAUUUCAAAGAUACCACAAUUGUCGCCUUGCUAUUCUUUCCGAUUUUCGAUAGCAAGCAAAUAGGACAGAAAACGCUACUUGUUACAUGGAAGAACUUUUGAAGAAAUCUCUUGUCGAAAUUCUUGAAGAAGUCUCACAGGAAUUUCAGAUGGAAUUCCAGCAGGAAUUUCUGAAACAAACUCUGAAGAGUUCCGUGGCCAGGAAGACGGACCCUUCCCUGAAGAGUCAGCUCAUUCUAUGAACGUAUGAGUACACUUAAGCGAAACUUCUGAUUCAGAUAAAAGGAGUUUUAGUGUAAAGAAAUCUUCAGUGAAAUCCCUGUAGAAAGCAUAGGAAGUACUUUUGAAUUAAUCUCUGGAUGAAUAUUUGGAGAAAUCUCCGGGAAGUUCUUAAAAGAAUCCCAGGGGGAAUUCCUGUAAACUCCAGGUAUUUAGGAGAAACACAUAGAUAAGCGUCUGCGAAAAAUCAUAGAAAAGUAACUCUUGAGAUAUGUCUAAAGCAAUGUUCGUAGAAAUUACUAGAAAAUAUUUCUCAAUUAAUCUCUUACACAAUCCGUGGGGAAACUAUUGCAGUUAUCCUUAUUGGAAAUGCAGGAUAAAUUACUGUGAUAAUACAUCGAUAAAUAUCUGGAGGAAAUCCUGAAGGAAUCUCUGGAGGUAUUCCAGCCGGAAACACUGAAAGUACUAAUACUGCAAGAAUCUCUGGAGGAAUUCCUGCAGGAUUUCCUGGAUGAGUCCGUGAAAAAAAAUAUGAAAUUUUCAAUGGAAUUCCCGGAACAGUUUCUAAACAAAUCUCUGUUGGAAUUCCUGAUCUGGAAAAUUAUCUGUUGAAGAAUGUUUAAAGAAUCUUCGAGAGCAUUUACAAAGAUUACAGGGAUAAACGUUUAAAGAAAUCCCUGGAGAAAUUUCCGAUGGAUGGUUUAAGCGAAUCCCCAGAAGAAUUUCUAAAGUAAUUCCUGGUGGAGGUUCACAGUAAUCUAUGGGUUUGAGGUUUGAGUAAUCUACCUACAAGAAUUGUUGGAGAGGGAACCAAGCCCUGGACAGGGUGUCUACUACCUGGAAAAACCUGGAAACAUGGAAGCCUCAACGAACAGGGAGAUUUCCGGGAUACUCAGAGAAUAUCUUGAAUACCCAGGGAAAUUACUUCGUGAUUAUACUUAGACACAAAAUAAAACAUUUUAUGGUAAGAUUAAUAAGUAGUAAACUUUACUGCUUCUAGAUCUACUCAGAAGUAGAGUACACAGAGUUUACUACAUUAUUGAUAUCAAUCUGAUUCUUUAAAUUAAUCUAGAAAUACCGCAACUAAGUUUUCCAGAAAUUCCGUCAAAGUUUUUCUCUGAAACUUCUUUAAAAUACCUCUAUGAAUGCCUCUCAGGAUUUCUCGCAGGAUUUCUUCCGUAUUUUUUCAUGCCAUUUUUCUGGGUAUUCUUUUUUGCAUUUUUCCAAGAUUCGAAUUCAUUCCUGGAUUCCUCGGAAUCUUCCGAGAAUUUUGUAUUUAUACCGAUUUCUGCUAAAGCUUUUCAUGGGGAUCCUACAAAAAAACCAAAAAAAAUCCAGAGGUUUUUUCGGUAUUGCAUCCAGAGUGCCUCCUUUGAUUUUCCCAAAGUUCCUCUUGUUAUUUACCCAAAAAAAAUCCGCAGGAUUUCUUCCACGAUUAAUUCCGAGACCUCUUAAAGAGUUUCUCUCAAGAUAUAUCGCCGGUGCUUUUUUACAGAAUUCAUCCUAAGGUUUCUCUCGGGAUUCCUGUUGAAAAAUCUCCACGAUUUCUUCCAGUGAUUCUCAAGAGACUUCUCCAGUAGAUCUCCGCGGGAUUUCUUCCAAAGUUGCAGCAGGAGAUAUUUUUGGGAUUUAUACUAGAGCUCCUGCAAAGAUUUCUUGAGGAGUUUUUCACGAAUUUUCUACAAGAGUUCCUCCAGGAAUUUCUUCCGUUCCAGGAAUUUCUUUGUCCUACUAUUUCUUCAAGAAAUUUUAGCGAGCCUUCUUCAGAGUUUCGCUCUGGAUUACUACAGAAGUUUCAGUUUUUUCUUUACUUAAGCUGAGAUUUCUUUCGGAAUUUCUCCCGGUACUUUUCUCAGAAGAUUGCUUCCAGUGUGGGUCCUGGGAUGUCUCUCAGAAUUUUUUUUCGUUCCGAUUUUUUCCUAAGUUUUUGUUGAUGCCUUUUGAGAUUUUUGCUGGACCUAUUGCUGAUAUUUCUCAUGAAGUUCUUCUCGUGAUUUCUUUAAGUUUCCCAUCUCCGAAUUGGCGAUCCAUAGCCUUAACCAAUACACUGAAAAACGACUUGCAGUUGAAAUUACUAUUCUGAGGGUCAAUUUAAAUACACAACGCCACUAAAUUUGUGCAGAAUGAAUUUCGUUUCAAUUCAAUAGAUUACCCAAGUAACCAGUAAGCAUUUAAAAUAGCAUUCCUUCAGCAUUAUAGUAGCCUUUACGACAAGGCGUUUAAUGCUAAUUAGCCGUAUAUGCGCCUAUUGUGCUACCUCACAGCAGGUUUUGGCAAAAUAACGGGCUGUCUUAGUGCUAUCCCUUCAGGAACGUCGUCACGAAAUGUCAAAGAAGCGUAACGCCUCGUCGAGCAAAAAAAAAAACAAAAAUAGAUUGACGUCUGCUUCUCGUUCUCUCAGCCUGCUUCCGCGCUUCAUCGACCUUCCAUAUUCCAGCCGGUGCGAGGUGGUAUUUUUUUGCUGAUUUUAGUAGUGAUGUAGGUUUGAACUUACGAUCCGGAGAUUGACUAAUCAUAUCUGCUUCGGAUUCUGUUGCUCCUGAUCCACGAUGCUAAAGCUGUCCCGGUGGCGUGCGUUGAUUUAAUCGCCAAUAUAUAGAAUGACUCGAUAACAGCUUCAGAUUCAACAUCCAAAACUUGUUUUCAUUGAGAUAUUUCAUUGUGGUAGAGCAUUACGAUCCCUUCUUUUAAAUAUCUGUGGAAUAAGAUUGUUUCUUCCCUCUUUCAAACAAUCCUAUGAUCCACCAAAGCAUCCACCUAUUCGGCACAUAUUUUCCGACGAAAUGAUAAAUAAUUGGUGAUUUUUUGAUGGAUAAGUUCCCAAUCCAACCCAGCUGCAGUAAUGUUUUCUUUGGUGCUUUUGGAUGAGUAGGAGAAAAUGAAGAAACAAAUAAGAUACACAAAUUUGUAAACAGAAGCAUAGGCUCUGUAAGAGAGAGACAAAAUGUAUUGCCAAAUGCGUAACAUAUCUCCCAACCUUUUUGCUCCUAGCAUUUAAAGAGCAGUUGAAAAGCAUUCUGUAUGCUCCCAAGUGCAACCACUUCAAGCAGUUGAAAUGCUAAUUAACAGCCGAAAGCUUUUGAGCAGCACAGCUUAUGCUAACUCAAGGCAGCUAUGCAUUCGCACUGCUUAUGUAGGGCAGCAAGCAGUUGAAAUGCGUGAUGCGGGCUGAUACACGGCUUAUUCAAAUGCUUAGUGGUUACCUGGGUAA